AUGGGCAACAAGCAGUCAGUUCCGCUCCUUGCGAAUGCGGUCUCCCACCUCUCCCAGCCAGAGGCUACAGAGGCCGCUCUCUGGCUCAAGUCUUCAUGCAAGGAGGAUUGGAGUCUAGAUCUCGCGGACUUUCGUAUACUCGUGCCUAUGCUGGGCAGCAUCACCGCUCAUGCGCUUUUCCUUGUUUGUUGUGACUAUUCGGCCGGAGCGCCCGCUGCUUUCCCGAUCGACGGCUCCACCCGUGUCGAGGGAUUCCAGGCUGACCGCGCCACCUUUUUCGGUGUCGCUAAUGCCAUCGCAUCAAUCACCCGAGGUCCUGUGGAGAUUCGCCACGCAGCCCUCUUCCGCUGGUUGUCGCACUUGGAUACCCUGCUCCAGACGACCGGUGCGAAAAAGGGUGCCGCCCCCCCCACGGCGCCCGCCCAGCCGCGCAGCACUGCCCCCUCACCAGGCUCAUCUCUGCCGGCGCCCGCCAUCUCCGAGGAGGUCAACAUCCAGUCCGUUCGGCAUUGGCUCCACGAUGUGUGCUCAGCGGCCAUGCGGGUGCUGCGCGUCCUCGACUCCCGGCCAUAUGCUCCAAAGGAGGUAACCAAGGGCCGGCAUUUCCCUUUCGAUAGUCAGCAGGCUGAUCCCAAGUUUGUGGAAACGCUGCUUCAGGCACCAUUCAUGGGAUUCAAAAACCACAAGAAGUUUGUUCUCGAGGAGGUGGCCACCCCCGAUCUGCCAGAUACCUUGUCCGCCGAGGCGUUUUCCGAUCUCCUGUCCCGUUCGGAGAGAGCCGUGUCCAUCAGGCACGAGUAUUAUGUGGAUGGACGUGCAGCCCUGUCAGUCAAUGGUCAUGCUCGGGGGUCCAUCCAGGCGGUGGUCAACUCGCUGCUUGCCAAUGUGGUGUUCCACUACUCCAGGAUUAAACGUAUCUUUUUCGGCUUCUACAAGGGCAAGGAGCCGCACAAGGCGAGUGUCGACACCCCCUGGCUGGAUUUCAAGGACAUGCCCAAGGUCUCCCCGACUCCGGCCCCGGUCCCGGCCGCCGUGCCCCCUACAUCGGCCGUCUCCCGCGAUAAACUUAGUGCAGCAUACCUCUCACAGGCCGCGGCCCUGGAUGCGGCCCAAACAGAUGCCCGUCUCAAGUCGGCAGGCAUGCUGCUUCCCUUCAGUGAAUACCAGUCCAAUCUGCUGAGCGAUGAUCUCAUGUGGCUUCUCAACCAGCAGCUCCCGCAGGAAAGUCAAUCAGCCUGGCGAUUCCUUUACUCCAACCGGGCAUAUGGCCUGAAUUGGGCCCGGCUCUCGGACAGCAUCACCAACCAGGGCCCCGUGCUCCUGAUCUUGCGCGACUCACAUGGCGCCACCUUUGGGUGCUUCUUGAACAAUGAUGUGCUACCGAAUCCCGCCUUCACGGGCUGCCCGGACAUGACCUUCCUCUUUACCCUCAAAGGGGACUAUCUUCAGAUCUUCCGUCCGACUGGUCUCAACAAGAACAUCCUGUACUUUAACACCGGGGUCAAGUCCCUGCCCAAUGGCCUGGGCCUUGGCGGUCUUCAUGGCUUUUACGGUCUCUGGAUCCCCUCCGCCCUCGGGGCUGCCUGCACGUCCGAGGGGUCACCUUUGAAUUCGACCUUCGGCUCCCCAUGCCUGGCCACGCAGUCACCUUUCGAGGUGAUUGAGAUUGAGGCAUACGGGACAACCCCCUUGCGCGAGGACCAAGCCCCCCCUGAGCCCAGCGUGCUGGACCUCCACCGGGAGGACCAGCUGAUUCUCGAGUGGGGCACGGGGCGCAAGAUGCAUUCGAAGAACUUCCGCAAGGCCGAUGAGUACCGGGCGCAAGACGAUUGA